ACAACCAUGUCUUUGUCCGUCUGAGCCCCUGACAAUGUCAACAAUAACCCCAAACCCUACCCUCGACCCAGAAUGGACGCCAUCCGCAUACGGCUGUCGUGGGAAAGGCGAUUUCUGGAUCUGGGACUUCCACGCAGAUAAUGAUCGGCGCACGGUACUGGGCGGUCCGUCUCAAACUACGAACUGUUUCCCCUCGACCUGGAAUCCUGCUAGUGCUUAUGGUGGCACGAAAUGUCCAGCGGGCUUCACCUCUGCCUGCCGGUCGUCUGGACCGGCUGUGCCCACAACAAUUUGCUGCCCGACAGUCUACUCAUUCAGCUGCGUGGAUAAUGCGAGCAGUAACCCCCACGGUCCUUGGUUCCCUUGCAUUUCGCAGUAUGGCACUUCGAUGAAAAGGACGGUUACCCGGACCGACUUCGCGAUGAACACAAUUACCUUCGGGGAAGUCACGCAAAAUACCAAUCUUCAUCUGUUCGCGUUGGGCAUGGCCAUUGCUAGUCCGACUACAACUGCCACCUCGGACCCCGAUGCAACAUCGCCGCUCCCCUCUAGUACAUCUGAGCUAAGUUCGACGAGUCAAUCGAGCAUAAGUGCAGGCGCGGCUGCAGGUAUCGGGGUCGGAUCUGCUGCAGGAGUUGUUCUAAUAGCACUGCUGGCAUGGUACCUACUGCGGCGUCGGAGAAAAUCUGCCGAUACGGUCGCUCCCCCAGUUGCAGAGAAUCCUGGAGGGUUCAAUUAUGGGAAGGUCAUGCAAAACAGCCCGCCGCCGCAAGAGUUACACGGGGAAGAAGCGAGAGAGCUUCCGGGGUGAGCACAACAGGCGCAAUGCAUCCGAAUAUA